CGCAAGUCCUAAGGCCACCGCCGACACAACCCAACGAUCAAAUAACCAUAUCAGACGGCACGGAGAAGAACGCGGACGCCACUCGCCCAUAGUUGAAGCCUUUACAUUGGGACAAGCUUCCCGCGAGCUCCAACCGGACGAUGGUGUGGGAUCAGCUGAAAUCGAGCUCCUUCCGGGUGAACGAAGAAGCGAUCGAGACUCUGUUCGUCUGCAACACAACCAAGGAGAUCAACAAGGUCCUACCGGUUCUUCUUCCAUUGCCGACUCAAGCAACCACGGCGCUUGAUCCGAAGAGGUCUCAGAACAUUGCUAUUCUUCUGAGAUCAUUGAACUCCACCAAGGAGGAGGUCUGCGAAGCAUUGCUGGAAGGCAAUGCAGAGAGACUGGAAGCUGAACAGCUCGAGAUACUGCUAAAGAUGGCUCUAAACAAAGAAGAAGAACAUAAAUUGAAGGAAUGCAAGGAUGAUUCUUCCCCACCAUUCAAGCUCCGUCCAGAAGAGAAAUUUCUCAAAGCUUUGCUGGAUAUUCCAUUUCCAUUUAAAAGAGUGGAAGCCAUGCUAUUCAUGGCUAAUUUCGAUUCAGAAGUCAAAUUUCUCAACAAAUCCUUUCUCACUCUUGAGACAGCUUGCGAAGAACUACGCGGCAGCCGGCUGUUUCUCAAGCUUCUGGAGGCUGUACUAAAGACCGGGAACCGGAUGAACAUCGGGACGAAUCGCGGCGGCGCACAAGCCUUCAAGCUCGAUACAUUGCUCAAACUAGUUGAUAUAAAGAGCUACGACGGCAAGACCACACUCCUGCACUUUGUUACUGAAGAGAUCAUCAGAUCAGAAGGAGACGGACUCGAACACCGGAAGCUCGGCCUUCAGGCCGUCGCCGGCCUGGCUCAAGAGCUCUGCAAUGUGAAGGCUGCGGCUGCAAUGGACUCCAAUGUACUCAACGGCUAUGUGUCGAAACUCGCAGGCGGGUUCGGGAAGAUCAAUGAGGUGUUGAGGCUGAAUGAAGCAUUAGGGUGUGAGGAAUACAAUGAGAGGUUUCAUGAGGCAAUGUAUGAGUCCAUGAGAAGGGCAGAGGAAGGGAUCAUUAAGGUGCAGGCUCAGGAGAGUGUGGCAAUGUCAGUGGUGAAGGAAACAACAGACUACUUCCAUGGCGACUCGGCGAAGGAAGAAGCACAUCCUCUGAGGAUCUUUGUGGUGGUCAGGGACUUCCUAGCGAUCCUGGAAAGAGUUUGCAAGGAAAUUGGAAGCAUCAAGCACCACCACCAUGUUUUUGUUAGCUCAGAGUCUCAAUUCCCUGUGCCUGUGAACCCAACUUUGUCAUCUGAGUUCAAUUAGUCUCGCUGUAGAUGAUUAACGGCACCAAGUUGUGUUUGUCUCGGCUAUUCAAGAUUGACUAAGUAGAUGUUUUGAGCAACUA